AUGUCACUGACAUCGUGGUCACAUCACUGAAGUUAUGUGAUGUCACUGACGCCGUGUGAUGUCACUGAUGUGAGCGCUCACUCUCGCAGGAAACGAUGGAAGACAUCGAUAAGAACGGAGACGGUUUCAUCGACCUGAAAGAAUACAUCGGUGACAUGUACACUGCGGAGGACGAGGAGGAGGACCCUGAGUGGGUGGCGUCAGAACGUCAGCAGUUUUCUGAGUUCAGAGACAAAAACAAAGACGGGAAAAUGGACAAAGAGGAAACUCUGGACUGGAUUCUUCCUUCUGAUUACGACCACGCUGAGGCCGAGGCCAAACACCUUCUGCACGAGUCCGACGCCAACCAGGUGAGCUGAUGGUUUCACUGUGCACCUGUUCACCUGU